AUGUGGAUAUCCACAGUGAUCAAGAUGCUGCUCGGCUGCUCUCUCUCCCUGCUCCUUGUGCUCAGCUGUCUGAGUGAACCUGUGGAGAGCCGCACUCUGCAUCUGGACAGCUGCUCUGUCAAUGUUCACACACACGAACUGCGCAAAUAUUACUCCACCAUACGUUCAGAUGUGGUAGCAGGAGACAAUGAGAUUGGAGUAAAACUUCUGGACAAAUCAUUGAUAAAGGAUGUUCAGGAGGGACAGACGUGCUGUUUCCUGCAUCUUCUGCUGCGUUUCUACGUCGAGAGAGUGUUCAGCAACUACGCCUCCUCAGAGCCACAGCAGCAGCGAUGCUCCAGCGCCCUGGCCAACGCUUUUGUCAGCAUCAGAAGAGAUAUACAUAAAUGUCACUGCCACUGUGGAGAAGAGACCCAGAGAACAAUUGACUCCCUCCAUGUUGCUUUUAUCAAGCUUCAAAUAAACCAGGCGGCACAGAAGGCCAUGGGCGAGCUGGACACUGUCCUGGAGUGGCUGGAGGGACUCGGCCAGAAAACAUGA